AUGGUGUCGGCGAACAGAGAAAUGGCAGUCUACUGUUUCGACACUUUGGUCUCUCACUACAACAACGAAGAGUCUCCCUUACCUGCCUUUGAAGAGGGGAAUCAUCCAUUGUUUGUUACCUGGAAGAAAAUAGUGAAUGGUGGGGAGCCUCGAUUGCGUGGAUGUAUUGGUACACUGGAAGCACGCCGCUUGAUCAGUGGCUUCAAGGACUAUGCCUUGACGAGUGCCCUGAGGGAUCGUAGGUUCCCACCAAUACAAGCCAAAGAGCUGCCAUUUCUGCAAUGUACGGUGUCUGUUUUGACUGAUUAUGAAUCUGCAGAAGAUUAUCUUGAUUGGGAGGUCGGAAAGCAUGGUAUAAUCAUCGAGUUUACUGAACCUGUGACUAAUACAAAGCGAAGCGCCACAUAUUUGCCUGAGGUGCCAGCUCAUGAAGGAUGGACAAAGAUCGAGGCAAUAGAUUCGCUGGUGCGUAAAGCAGGAUACAAUGGUGAAAUAACGGAAUCAGUGCGUAGGCGAAUCCAUCUAACACGAUACCAGAGUACACUAUUCAGCAUGCAUUAUAGCGAAUACCUUUCAUACGUGAAGGCGACAAGAGGCGUUGCCCCGGGUAUUAAUGGGACCAACAAGCCCGUCAUCGCCUUGUCUUGA